AUGGAUGGAUUUGACGAAGAAACAUUUAAAAAGUUCUUCCCCAGUGGUUUUGGGAAGCGGGACAAGUCGACUAAUAUAGCAGCACAGAUUGAUCGGACCAAACGAGUCGAAGCCAGGUCAAAGUCGCCAGCGGUGCUUGGGGAGAAACCCUUAGUGGGCCUCCUUGAUGAUAAUGAUGUACAGAAAACGGGACCUAGAAUUGACAAGGGUGAUUCAAAACAAGAAGAACAUUUAACUUCAGACGCAGACUCAGAUAGUUCGGAUGAAUCUGAUGAAGAUGAAUUCCCGACUUCACACGACCUUACUCUCAAGACACAUGACCGCGCUGUGACGACAAUCACCCUUGAUCCCUCCGGGUCGCGGAUGAUAACUGGCUCCACAGACUGUACGAUAAAGCUUCAUGAUUUCGCCUCUAUGACACCCACCACUCUCCGCGCAUUCAAAUCGGUGGAACCGUCAGCUAAGAAGCAGUCCGCGGCUUCGGAAAUCCAUCCGGUCCACGUUGCCAGAUUCAACCCACUUUAUCCGAGCCAAGUGUUAGUCAUUUCCGCGACCCCGCAAGCCAAAAUCUUGGAUCGCGAUGGCGAUACGAUUGUGGAAUUUGCCAAGGGUGACAUGUACCUUCGAGAUAUGCGCAAUACCAAGGGGCACAUUUCUGAAAUCACGAGCGGGACGUGGAGCCCUUCAGACUAUAAUCUGUGUGUUACGGCGGGGACGGAUAGCACGUUGCGGAUAUGGGAUGUCAAUUUGGGGAGGUCACAGAAGGAAGUUAUUGUGCAUCAGUCUAGAGCCGCCGGGUCGGCGGGCAGAACUCGAAUGACCGCGGUAGCUUGGGGCACCCCAGUGCAGGGGGGGAAUAAUGUUCUUGUCGCCAGUGCACUUGAUGGAAGUCUAGUGAUGUGGGGUGGCAAUGGGCCGUUUACGAGGCCAAGCGCUCAGAUUCAAGGUGCCCAUACGAAAGAUACUUGGACAAGUGGUCUGGAUAUCAGUCCCGAUGGCAGAUUGGUUGUCACUAGAGGUGGUGACGACACCAUCAAACUGUGGGAUACGAGAAAAUUUAAAAACCCCAUCACAACAGUACCGCAUACGUCUGGGUCUAAAUAUUCUCAAAACGCAAAUAUCAUGUUCUCUCCUAGUGGGGCAAAUAUCGUCGCAGGUAGUGAAACUGGGGACCUGCACAUCCUGAAUCCCGCAACACUAAAACCUGAGCUUUCCACAUCCGUGACGCCAGGCUCUCCGCUUAUUGCCGUCCUUUGGCACGAGAAGCUGAACCAAAUUAUUGCGGGCUCUGCAAAUGGAGAAACCCACGUGCUAUAUAACCCAUCACUCUCCCACAACGGUGCUGUACUCGUCAUGUCCAAAGCCCCUAAGCGGAGACACGUCGACGACGACCCAAAUUUCACCACGGACCUAUCCCUCGGCCUAUCCGCAGACAGCACAACUGGCCAAAUCACCUCAGGUGCCUCCUUCUCCAGUCGACAUCCAACAAUCGGACUCACUGCCUCAGGACGGUCUAGGGAUCCUCGUCGGCCGCAUCUGCCCAGUAAGACCCCUUUUGCCAAUAGCCAGCCGGACGAAAAACAUAUAAAGGAAAACAUCCCACUCAGCUCGAUGAGAGACGAGGACCCACGAGCAGCACUGCUGAAAUAUGCAGAGCAAGCGGAGAAGGAACCAGUGUUUACGAAAGUAUGGCAGGAAACACAGCCUAAGCCCAUUUUUGCGGAGUUAAGUGAGGAAGAGGACGAAGGGGAGAAACCCGAGCGGAAGCGUGCGAGGCGUGAUUAG